AUGUUUGUUGUUGAACUAAAUGUAGAUAUUAAUCAAGAUCAAUCUUAUGAAUUCACUCUUAACGAUAUUAAAAAUGAAGAUGGUACAACAACUUCAUUGGUAUAUCCUGUGAUUCUAACAAUUUCGAAAUCUAAGCAGUACAGUAAAUCAACUCUAAUCUAUAGAGGGUCAUAUUCAGAGGAGAAAUAUGAGAAUGUAUUUUACACCAGCGACUAUUUACUUUUCAGUAGCUGUAAAGAUAGUCCAUCCGAUCAUAUAUGUCCGACCGUGAGAGACUCCUCUGGUAGAUCUUCAUCUGCAUCGUAUAUGGCCGAAAGACCACUCCUCUACGAUGCCUACUCAAUAGAACCACCCAUGACCACCUACGAUAUAAUUGUUAAUAUUACCCAGUUCAACGAGACCAGUGGAGCUACCCAAACUCAGACCUACCGAAUGGGAAACGAUAACCUGAUUAUCAACGCCAAUGGAAUCGUUAUCAAAUUGGAAGGUGAUUUUGCAUGGCGUCAAGCCUUGAGAACCUUUGAGAGCAGCAUUGCACCAAUGAACGCAUGUCUAGAUAACCAAAUAAAGAAGUUCAGGGAUCAAGAUAUGGCUUUGUAUGCCAAGGGCAAAAAAGGUCAAUACCAAAUCAUCAACUAUGGUGCUAGUGCUGACAUCUAUCGCUAUACAGGAAAUAAAAAUUUGUUCCUUCAGGUCGAGCUAGGUGGCAAACAAACAUCAGUUCUCACAAAUAAGAUCAAAGCUGACAACUUUGCAUAUGCCUACAAAGAGAGUCCAGCUGUAUUUGUUUCGAAUCGUCUUGAAACUUUCGAAUCAAUGUCCACAGAUGGAAUUCUUUAUAUUCAAACAAAGAAUAUUGGAGCGACCAAAGAACAAUAUGAUCUCAAUGUUUUGAACUGUACAAAUGGUAUCACAGUCAACACACCUAGUCAAGUGUUCACCAUGAAACCAAACGAAAUAUUUGAAAGCAAAUUCGAAAUUAGAACUGUAACUAAAUUAGGUGGUAUUCAACAUUGUUAUGCCGAUUUAAAGGGUUUUGCUAUGGGAACACUGUUUGACUCUAUUCUUAUUAAAUUCAAUACUACCGAUACGGUCAUUAUUAAAACUUUUGAAUAA